CUGAGCCAGGCUGGCUUUUAGUUCCUACCAUGAAGCUCCUGAAUGCUGCUGUAUUCUUUAUUCUUGUGCUCGCUUUGACACCAGCUUUGGACCCUCUCAGCACUUCAGCCUUUAUGAGGAGUGCUGAUGUCACCUGGCAGCUCCUCUGCCCUCACUCCUGACUCAAGCACAGUCUCCUGGAGGGCUGCAAUAUGAACGACAUGCUGAACUUCUCAGCGCUGAAGGCGCAGCUGGAUGCCAAACUCUUUGGGCAGCACCUGGCGAAGGACGUCGUGUUGAAGGCGGUGACGGGCUUCAGCAACAACCCUAGCCCCAAGAAGCCGCUGAUGCUCUCGCUCCAUGGCUGGGCUGGCACUGGCAAGAACUUCCUCAGCCAGAUCCUGGCGGAGCACAUCCACCCUGCCGGCCUGCGCAGCAAGUUCGUCCAUCUCUUCUUGGCCACUCUGCACUUCCCCCACCACGAUGAGCUCAAGCUCUACAAGGAGCAACUGCAGAACUGGAUUCGGGGCAACGUCAGUGCCUGUCCUCACUCUGUCUUCAUUUUUGAUGAGAUGGACAAAAUGCAUCCAGGUCUUAUUGAUGCCAUCAAGCCAUUCUUAGACUAUUACGAGCAAGUUGAUGGAGUGUCCUACAGGAAAGCCAUCUUCAUCUUCCUCAGCAAUGCAGGUGGUGACUUAAUUAAUAAAGCGGCUCUGGACUUCUGGACAAAUGGAAAGCACAGGGAAGACAUUCAGCUGAAAGACCUGGAGCCCAUGCUAUCUGUAGGAGUCUUCAAUAACAAGAAUAGUGGACUGUGGCACAGCAGCCUCGUUGACAGGAACCUCAUUGACUACUUUGUCCCCUUCCUGCCCCUGGAGCACAAGCACGUGAAGAUGUGUGUCAGGGCUGAAAUGAUAUCCCGUGGCUAUGCUGUCGAUGAGAAGGUUGUUCAAGCAGUGGCUGAUGAGAUGACAUUCUUCCCAAAAGAGCAGAAAAUCUACUCUGAUAAAGGCUGCAAGACUGUACAGGCUAAGCUGGAUAUUCACGAAGACAUGAUGAGAGAUACAAAAGCCAAGGGUUAAUUGCCCCUCAGGUCUCCAAAGCACUUUCAGAGCUUUUGGGAAUCUGUGUAUUUGCACUGAAGCAUUUUUUACUAUUGCAGGGAGUAUGGUGAAAAUACUAGUGAGAUGAAUACUAGUGAGCUGUGUGGGCUUUUUAACUUUUUUUUUUUUUUUAAGUUAACAUCCCACUGUGCAUCUCUAAACUGACUGGUAUCCAAAUGCAUCCAAAUGGUAUCCAAAACUCUAGGUCUUCCUAAGCAGAUGGACCCAUCUGAGGCAUAUGACUAUCACAACAUGCUAGGCCAGUCUCCUGUUCUUAAUCAGAACAAUCUCUCAUGAGGAUUUGACUGUUAGAGCUUCUCAGGCUAAUCUGUGUGCAGGCUCCCAGGCCUGAAGUCUGCAAGAUCUUUAGUAGUCCCUCCCAGCUACACCCAAGAGUCUAGGACUGGGUAAUGCUGCUCUCGCCUUGCUUGGAAGACAUUUUCAUGGCAGAAAGUUAUUUUUAGUAGUGUAUUUUUAUACUGAAGUGUAAGCAGCAGUAAUACAAAGCUCUUCCUAGAGUGCCACAGAGAAGGCAGUAUGGGAAAUGGGAGCAAUCAACAAUCCCACACCUUCUAGGCAAGUAUGUUUUAUAAUAGCUUUUAACGUUAAAUAAUGGCUGUGUGGAAAGGUGAGCAAUAGGAAGCUGCGAAGGAUUGAGUUAACCUUCACCCACUGGUAAGGCUGAGGUUUAAAACUGUUGCAAGCUUUAACUCUUUUGUACUCCAUCACUUGCGGAUCAGAUAGCGUACUGCAAGACAGAAGUGCCUAUCAUUUAGUUGAUUGUAGUGUGUUUUUUAAACUGCUGUGAGGGAUUGGGCUGUUUUUGUGCUGCAGCAUCCAUUCCCUCACUUGUACUUAAACUUGCUUUAACAUGUGAUACAAACUUACAGGUCUCAACACUUACUACAUUAAUUCAAAUUACAACAGAGAUCUUAGCAUUUAUGUUAAAGUCUUAAUUAAAAAGUGUCAAUUACCUUUUACAGCCCCAUCUGGAUUUUGUCAAAUGUUGGCAAACUGUUCAUGCUGAUGCAAUCUCCAGAGCCAAAUGUUAGCUAGCCAUUAACCUUGGGACAUUGGACUGCUGCUUUUCAUGUUUUCCCUGUUAACUGACUUACUUGUAGGUAUACACGCUGCAUCCGGUUUCAGUUACUUCAAAUAUGAAAUACUCGUGCAAUUUCAAAACACUAAAUACUGCUACCAUACUGCAGUUGGAAUAAAUCUCAAAUAAUUUUU